UACAUAGUCCCCUUAAAAAGCUCCGACACUAAUCUCAGGACCUUAUCUGCUGAGACCAUCAUGAGGAAACUGAAUUGAAAUAAUCAAGAACUGAAGUUUAACCAAAUAAAAUGAAGCCAUAUUCUCUUCCCAUGAAAUUGACCUUUUGUCUAAUUGUCCUUCCAGGAUAUUUUGUAUAUUCACAACAAGCUAAUUGGACAUUUACAUUACCGGAAUCCAUAGAAGCUUCAGUCAAUUCCACUGUGGUGAUUCCCUGCACAUUCUCCGCCCCCGAGGAGCCUGGACAUUAUCUUGUGAUCUGGUAUAUGAUUGAUAUUUAUGGAGGCAACAAUCAUUCCCAGGUUUUUAAUAGUGAGGACCCCAGUGAGGUCAGUGAGGAGUACAGAAACCGCAGCGCCCUCAUAGGUGAUGGAAAUAACUGCACGCUGAGGAUCAAAGAUGUGAGAUAUACAGCCUGGUACUUCCUGGAAAUAUCUAACAAUUCUUUUAAUUUAAGCAAUGUGGAGAAGCCAGUCAAGAUCAAUGUCAGAGGUUGCUUAUACAGAUCCUCCUGCAGUGAAUGGAGCUUUAAUUUCCCCCGAGUCAUCAAUGCAUUGAACAAUUCGUGUGUGGUGAUCCCCUGCACCUUAACCCAUCCGGACAAGGCCUUGGAUUCCAACUUAUUAUGGUUGGAGAGAUCUCCUACACGGGACAUAGAAGUCUAUAAUAACAAAACUCUCUCUAAUAUAGACGCAAUGUACACAAACCGCACAUCAUUGUUCAGGAUAAAGAGAAGCAGCUGCGCAAUGACCAUUCAAAAUGUCCAGAAAGACGGACAAUACUAUCCUGGAAUAAACCGAAUUAUUAAUGCCUACAACCUGGAUGGGAAGUUUGUCACGGUGACUGUUUCGGAUGUUCCACCUAAGCCAGUAAUUAAAGGGGCGGCGAACCUUAAGGCGUCUGUGGCGGCCAAUAUCACUUGUUCUGUAGCUCACUCUUGUCCGUCAAUCCUGCCAUUGCUAGAAUGGAACGUCCCUAUGAACACAACCAUGACCCAUGUAAACCUGACUCGAGGGACCUGGGAACUGCAAUCUAAACUGAGAUAUGUCCCAUCCUUCAAGGACAAUAACAGAUCCUUAAAGUGCACGGCUACCUUCCCAAAUGGCCAGAAAUCGGUCCAGAAAGUAACUUUGAGCAUUGUAGCUCAAUCAAAACGAUUUGUUGUCGUCAUUGUUGCAGUAGUUGGACUUGGUUUUCUUCUUUUGCUUCUAUUGCUCCUGUUCAUCUAUAGGAGAAAGAAAAUAAGUCACACUUCAGAAAGCAAUGAGAUGGGAGAGAGUCCAGAACUCACGUAUGCCAGGUUGGACCGGAGAACGGUUUCUGAAGACUACGACACAUUAAAGGUGGAUUAUAGGGGAAAAUCAACCAGAGGAAUCGAAUAUGAAGCACCGGACUAUGAAAAUAUUCAGAGGACUUGAUUAUUUUUUCCUUUUUUGAUUAUUUUUUAAGUGAUUGGCUGAUUAGGGUAGGGUGAUGUUAUUAGAAUAGGCGCCAUGUAAUACCACACUUUUCCUGUAGUGGCCACUGCAGGAGAAAGGUGUGGCCUCCUGCAGUUUCCCUUAGCAAUAACAAUUGUUGGGGGUUGUGGCGGAUGAACUAGUAGUGAUCAGCUGACUGCCAGCAAGUCCUAAUUGGAAAAAGGCAUCGUCUAGUAAAUAAGUGGUGCUGGUCCAGAUAGGUAUAAAGGCAUGAAUAUAUGUAUAUCCUUAUGCAGAUAAACCAAUAUCAUGGUGGAAGCUGAAUAAACUGUUUCAUGUGAAUUUCCUUGAAAAAUGUAUUUUUUGACAAUUUCUUCAAAAAGCGCCCCCUCCCAUAGACUUGCAUUGAGGGGGCAGGGCGGGAUGUCAUGAGGGGGCGGGGAUAUGAUGUAACGAGCUCUCGGUGCCGGCUCAAGCAUUCGGAAAAGU